UAUAUUCUAGUAUAUUAUGAUGGGACACCUGUAUAUUUAUCAUAAUUACGGAAAUCAUUUUCUAUUACUAGUGAUGUAAAUAAUUUUCACUCUAAUAAAACAUUUUUUUAGAAAUAUGUAUCGUAGACAUGAAUCAAUAAUUACUCAAGUAACCAAAUCAAAUGAUGAUGUUCCAGUGAUAAUCACGAGGUUAGCAAGUAUAGAAAAAAACGAUAUAGAAUACUAUUUCUUCUCGCAAGUUCUCCGAAUUCGUGUUCUACAGAUUGUUUGUGGAAUAUUAGCAGUAGUCAUGGGAAGUGUGGCUUGCAUCGAAGAAAAAGGAUCUUUUGCAAAUUUAGGAUUAGGGAUCCCAGCAGGACUUAGUACUGUACUCGCUGCGGGUUGGAGUAUACACACAAGUCGAUUGUUCAGUGGUUAUCAUGAUACCCUUAUGACAUCGUCUGGUGGUUCAAGAUUGUAUAUAUUUCGAUUAUUAGGACCAACUAUUAGGUCUGCAAUAGUAGUCGGAUUAUUUUGGUUGGUUGCUUUGAUACUAAAUGCGAUGCUAUUUACAAGAGCAGGUCGAACACUGACUGCCUACGAAACAUCCCUAAGGUAAAUAUUGAAUUGAAUUGUAAUCCAGUGAAACAAACGAAAAAAUAUUCACCUGUAAAUUUAAAAAUGUAUGAGUUUGGUACAGUUUAUUGAAAAAAUCGACAUAUAAGCACUAUAAUUAAAUAAGCUUCUGAUACAAACGGUCGAUGAUUAAGUUUAACGGGAAGUUGAAAGUUCCAUUCCAAUUCAAUAUAAGUGAUAAGUUUGUAUUCAUACAUCACGUAAUUCAAACUAAACCAUCUUACUAUCUGUUCAUAAUAUUUUCGACGUUUUAUCUUCUGAUCAAUACAAGUUAUGCACAUUUUCUCGAUCCAAACCUGCAGUAUCUACAUAAUUGAAGGAUCUAAUCUUUAACGAAAAGUACUUCGCUCGUUUAAUUUUACACUUGGUAAACUUUUCAAAUUUAUAAGUUUGUGAUUUCUUUUUGUACAAUGAAAGCAUUCAGUAUUUCAUUGUUGAAUCAAAAACAGUAAAGAGAAUAAAUUGAUAAAUUUUAUUACAGAAUAGCAAUAUUUACUGUUCGUUACUGAUUUUAUAAAAAGUAGAAAAUAAUUUCUUAAAACAAGAAUCAUAUUGUGCACGACUCUGUUGCCAAAGGUAAAACAACGUGAUCGGCGUUUUAAAUCAAAUAACGUAGAAAAAACGUGAAUUUCGACCGCGUGUUGUUAAUAUAUAACGUGAAAACGCAGCUGAAAGGUUAUUUUAAAUGCAAAAGGAGCACGUAGCAACUCAUAUUUUCCGCUGUGAAACUGAAUAUCAAAUGACAGAUAAUCUUGCGUCGAAAAAAAAAACUUUAAAUGAUAAGCAAAAAUAAAACUUAAACUGAACUAAACAAUUUAAUUUGCUUUGUUUAACUAUGUUAAUGUAAAAAUAAUACUGACAAGUAGAUAGUAUUAUAUGAAAAGUCGUGUAGUCCAUAGUAAUAAAUCUUAGAGUACGAUUGGUUCUAGUAGACCAAGAGUUAAGUAAACAUUUUAAUAAAUUUGAGCUAUCAUUAUAGUUAAGGACAAUAUACACUAAAACUCUGCAACUGAGAAAUAAUCUAAAUGAAUAUUAAAAAAAUACGGGGUAAAAGUUAGUAUUAAAUAAGUUUUAACAAAAAAAUAAAUAAAUAACUGUUUAACCAGGUAUUUUACUGAAAAUAAUAACAAAGUAUAUUAAAUUUAGUAAUUUUUCAAUUGAAUAUCAUUGUUUUUAAUUAUAAUGAUUAGAAAAAAAAGUGAGGAAUAAUUUUUAGCCUUGAUGCGAAGCUGAGAAGGUAUUGAUUUUGCAAUGAUUUGUAUAUUUUUUGUCUGUUGUCACUUUUUCUCAGCUCUCGCCGGACCCAUUUCUUACAAUGACACGUCAAAUGAUUACAAGUCGUAUCUAAUUGAAGACAUUGCUCUUAAAAAUCGAAAACGAUUUUCUAUUUAAUGAUAUUCAUUUCAAACUUUCAAUCUGAGUUAAAAAAAAAUUAUG